AUGCUGGAGGAGCCCGGGUCUCGGCCUCCGCCCCUGGGCCUCGCGGGUCUCCUGCUCCUGGCUUUGUUCAGUCGGGCUCUGAGCAAUGAGAUUCUGGGCCUAAAGCUUCCCGGGGAGCCGCCGCUGACGGCCAACACCGUGUGCCUGACCCUGUCCGGCCUGAGCAAGCGGCAGCUGGGCUUGUGCCUGCGCAGCCCCGACGUGACGGCGUCCGCGCUCCAGGGCCUGCACGUCGCCGUGCACGAGUGUCAGCACCAGCUGCGCCACCAGCGCUGGAACUGCUCGGCGCUGGAGGGCGGCGGCCGGCUGCCACACCGCAGCGCCAUCCUCAAGCGCGGUUUCCGUGAGAGCGCCUUCUCCUUCUCCAUGCUGGCUGCCGGGGUCAUGCACGCUGUUGCCACAGCCUGCAGCCUGGGCAAGCUGGUGAGCUGUGGCUGCGGCUGGAAGGGUAGUGGUGAGCAGGACAGGCUCCGGGCCAAGCUCCUGCAGCUUCAGGCGCUGUCUCGGGGCAAGAGUUUUCCUCACUCACAGCCAGGCCCUGGCCCCAGCUCCGGCUCCGGCCCUGGCCCCCAGGACACGUGGGAGUGGGGUGGCUGUAACCACGACAUGGACUUCGGGGAGAAGUUCUCUCGGGACUUCUUGGAUUCCAGGGAAGCUCCUCGCGACAUCCAGGCUCGGAUGCGAAUCCACAACAACAGGGUGGGGCGCCAGGUGGUCACAGAAAACCUAAAGCGGAAGUGCAAGUGCCACGGCACCUCAGGCAGCUGCCAGUUCAAGACGUGCUGGAGGGCAGCCCCAGAGUUCAGGGCCAUCGGGGCGGCCCUGAGGGAGCGGCUGGGCAGGGCCAUCUUCAUCGACGCCCACAACCGCAAUUCCGGAGCCUUCCAGCCCCGCCUACGGCCCCGCCGCCUCUCGGGGGAGCUGGUCUACUUCGAGAAGUCCCCCGACUUCUGCGAGCGGGACCCCAGCGUGGGCUCCCCGGGCACGAGGGGACGGGCGUGCAACAAGACCAGCAGCCUGCUGGAUGGCUGCGGCAGCCUGUGCUGCGGCCGUGGGCACAACGUGCUCCGGCAGACGCGCGUGGAGCGCUGCCACUGCCGCUUCCACUGGUGCUGCUUCGUGCUGUGUGAGGAGUGCAAGGUCACGGAGUGGGUCAGCGUGUGCAAGUGACGGGGCCUCGCCGCCCUGGGGCCGAGGGGGACCGCCGGGCAGGGGCGCUCGCCUUCAGCCCUCCGCUCUGCUUUCUGUGCAGGGUU